UGGGAUGGUCAGGUGUUCAUCGUUCAACAGGGACUGGCCAAGAUUCAAACCAUCUAUGGGCAGGCUGAUUGUACCCAAUUUGAUUGUUGUUAGACUUGGUUGCAACCAGGAACGGACUAACAACUCAUGGGGCCCCCGGGCAAUAGGGGAUCAUGGGGCCCCUGUGUCCUUGCCCACACUCAAAGCACACCCAAAAAAGCCUAUACAAGGUACCAGGGGCAUCUCAUGGGGCCCCCUACUGACCCUGGGCCCUUGGGCAGUGCCCGAGUUUCCAAAUGGUCAGUCUGCCCCUGGUUGCAACCAUCAGAUUUGUAUAAGUGUUUAUUGCCAGUGGCUAUAGCCGCUAGCAGUGAUCGAUGUGUUCUUCCAGCAGGGAUGGCUCCCACCACCACCCUGCUGGGA